AUGAAAUUUUUCCCCUCUAAUAAGAUAGUGCAAACUAGAGGUGAUAUUGCUAACUUCAUGCAGAGGGAUGGAGAGACACUAGUGGAUGUGUGGGAGAGGUACAAGAACCUUCUUAAGCAAUGCCCAAAUCAUGGUUUGCCCUCUUGGGCAGUGUUACAAACCCUGUACAAUGGCUUAAAUACUCAAAACAGGGCCUUGGCAGAUUCUGCUGCUAAUGGCAUGUUUAUGACUAUGUCCUUUAACCAAGCCCAUGAGUUGUUAGAACAAAUGACUCAAAAUUAUGCCCAAUGGCCUGAAGAAAGAAAUCAGCCAAGAAGAGUGGCUGGUUUACAUGAGAUAGACCCUGUAACAGCUCUUUCAGCCAAGUUUGAUGCACUGUCCAAUUUAGUGAGAACCCAAGGACAAACCAUUGAGGCAAGAUUAUCUCAAUCCCAAGUUCCUGCACCUCAAAUACCUGUGACCCAACCUCAAGUUAAUGCAAUAAACACAAGUGUAACUUGUGUUUGCUGUGGUGGGCCCCAUUUGUAUGAUAGCUGCCCAUCCAACCCAGAAUCUGUGUUUUAUGUGGGAAACCAAAAUAGAAACCAAAAUAUUUUUCCCAAUAACUUUAACCAGGGAUGGAGGCAGAACCAACAGCCUCAAUAUUUUCAAGGGCAGGGGCAGCAAGCUGGUCCUUCUAAUGCCCAAACAAAAAUACCUUUUCCUACCCAGAAUUACCAACAAACUUCAAGGCAGCAAGCUGUUGUUCAACCUAGUGAGAUGCCUAUUGCUCCAUCCUCUUCUUUAGAAGCUUUGUUAAGGGAAUAUUUGGUUAAGAAUGAGACCAAGCAAAACAGCUUGGAAGCUGUUGUGCAAAGUAUUCCAGCAUCCUUAAGGAACAUAGAAUCCCAACUAGGCCAUUUAGCAAACACUAUGAAUACCAGACCUCCUGGUACCUUGCCGAGUAACACUGAAGAACCUAGGAGAAAUAAAGAGCAAUGCAAUAUGAUAGAGCUUAGAAAUGGCAGAUCUGUAAAUCAGCCAGAAGCUGUGGUUAGACCUUCCACAUUAAAAAAAAAAGAAGGGGAGAACAUGCAGAAAGAAAAGGAUGCAAAUUCUGAACCUGUUCAGAAUUCUGUUGUUCAUAAUAGCCCCCAAGGGGUUGUGCACAAUAACUCUUCACCCACUUUAGUCGAAUCAGACACUCAGCCCUCUAUAGAUGAGCCUUUAGGGAAUAAUUCCAUUGAAAAACCUACUCAAAAGGGUUUGACCCCUAAGCCAAAUAGUGAGACACCUGCUACUUCAAAAAGACCUCCACCACCCUUUCCUCAAAGGUUGCAAAAGCAGAAGCAAGAUAAUCAGUUUAGGAAAUUUCUAGACCUCCUAAAACAGUUGCAUGUCAAUAUUCCAUUUGUUGAUGCAUUGGAACAAAUGCCCUCUUAUGUAAAGUUCAUGAAAGAAAUUCUUUCAAGAAAAAGGAGGCUAGAAGAGUUUGAGACUGUUGCUCUUACACAAGAGAGCAGUCAAUAUCUUCUUAGUAAGAUACCUCCUAAACUAGGAGACCCAGGAAGUUUUACAAUCCCUUGUACCAUAGGAGACCACUACAUAGGCAGAGCAUUGUGUGAUUUAGGUGCUAGUAUCAACUUAAUGCCUUUGAGUGUGUACAAAAAGCUGAAAGUAGGAGAACCUAAUCCCGAAUACUAUGAGGAAGACAGAGAGGUUCCAAUUAUUUUGGGAAGGGCUUUCUUAGCCACUGGUGGGGCUGUCAUAGAUGUUAAGGAGGGUGAGUUGGUCAUGAAUGUGAAUGGGGAACAAGUAAAAUUUAAUAUUUUAAAAGCCAUGAAAUACCCAAGAGACAUUGAGGAAUGUUCUAGACUAGAUAUCAUUGACUGUGUAGUCAAAGAUAAAUUUUUGCAUGAGUCCUCAUUAGACCCUUUACAAAAUUCUGGUUUUGAGGGUCUAGAAAUCAGUCAAACUGAGUCUGAGGAA